AUGUCUGUGCAGCUCUUUUGCCCCUCCGGCCCAGGCGCUAGUGCAAGGGCGCGCGAUGGGCGCCUUCCGAGUGGCGGCCCUACUGGGCCUGCAGCUGCAGGCCCUGGGCCGGGCGGCGACGAGUGCCGCGGAGGGCGCCGCGGGCGCGGGCGACGAGGCGGGCGCGCCGCGGCAUGGCCGCAGGCACGGCCACGGCGACCAGCACGCGCAGGUGCGCCAGGACGAUGCAGUGGGGCUUCUCUCAGGCGCAGCCUCGUGCACGCGGAGGUGGGCGCGGGAGGCGUGCAGGUGGUCCCACGCCAUCGCCAGCACCACGACCGCCGCCUCGAGGCCACAUCGCUGGUCCGCAGGGAGGAGGCCCUGGACGACGACGGUCGAGAAGACACCGAAGACGACCCGAGGCGUCAGGUCGUGAAGGGCCCGCCGGGCGAGCAGGGCGACGCGGGGCCCGUGGGGUCCGCGGGCGAGCCCGGGGAGGCCGGCCUGGUGGGCCCGCCGGGGCCGCCGGGCGCGAAGGCGGGCCGCGGCGGCUCGGCGUCGAGCGAGCAGUCCCCCUCACAGGGUUCGCCCCGCUGA